UCAUAGUCGAACCUGUCAAUGUCAACAUACGUUGAUACGUGUAAGAGGUUUAUGGCUAUUCUAAUACUCUUCUGACAAACACCAUGGAAAAUUAAAUAUAGCCAUAUUUUCUAAAUAUAAGUAACAGUAUAACUUAAAAAUUACUUUUUAGUGCUUGCAAUAACUUCAGUUUAUCUAUUUGGUAUUUACUACAUCACGAUGUCUUCCUCAGCGAUUUAUAUAUUAGACGUCAAAGGAAAGGUAUUAAUCUCUCGCAACUAUAGGGGCGAUAUCGAUUUGGGAGUCAUUGAGAAAUUUAUGCCCCUUUUAAUGGAAAAGGAAGAAGAAGGAUUAUUAACACCUAUAUUACAGACAUCAGAAUGUACCUUUGCGUACAUUAAAACCAACAAUUUGUAUCUAGUUAGCACAACAAAGAAGAAUGCAAAUAUUGCUCUAGUAUUUGUGUUUUUACACAAAGUAGUACAAGUAAUGACAGAGUACUUCAAGGAAUUAGAAGAGGAGAGCAUUAGAGAUAAUUUUGUAGUCAUUUAUGAAUUGUUAGAUGAGUUGCUUGAUUUUGGCUAUCCUCAGACUACAGAUAGCAAAAUCUUACAAGAAUAUAUAACUCAAGAAGGCCAUAAAUUAGAAAUUCAGCCGAGAAUACCUAUGGCUGUAACAAAUGCAGUUUCAUGGAGGUCUGAGGGUAUUAAAUAUAGGAAAAAUGAAGUAUUUUUGGAUGUUAUUGAGUCUGUCAAUUUGUUAGCUAAUGCUAAUGGAAAUGUUCUUCGAAGUGAAAUUGUUGGAGCCAUUAAAAUGAGAGUAUAUUUAUCAGGAAUGCCUGAACUACGUCUUGGACUAAAUGAUAAAGUUCUUUUUGAAAGUACUGGCAGAGGAAAGUCUAAAUCAGUAGAAUUAGAAGAUGUAAAAUUUCAUCAGUGUGUAAGAUUAUCAAGAUUUGAAAAUGAUAGAACAAUUUCAUUUAUACCACCUGAUGGUGAAUUUGAACUGAUGUCCUACCGAUUAAACACACAUGUGAAACCACUUAUUUGGAUAGAGUCAGUGAUAGAAAGACAUGCCCAUAGUAGAGUAGAAUACAUGAUAAAAGCCAAAUCUCAGUUUAAAAGAAGGUCUACUGCAAAUAAUGUUGAAAUUGUCAUUCCUGUGCCAGGUGAUGCAGAUUCUCCCAAAUUCAAGACAACAGUUGGCAGUGUAAAAUAUGCGCCAGAGCAGAGUGCUAUAACAUGGACCAUUAAAUCAUUUCCAGGGGGAAAAGAAUAUCUUAUGCGUGCUCAUUUUGGAUUGCCUAGUGUUGAAUGUGAAGAUAAUGAGGGUAAACCUCCUAUUCAAGUUCGAUUUGAAAUACCUUACUUUACAACAUCUGGAAUUCAGGUUCGCUACCUUAAAAUUAUAGAAAAAAGUGGUUACCAAGCACUUCCCUGGGUGAGAUAUAUAACACAGAAUGGAGAUUAUCAGUUACGUACCAACUAACAUUAAUCUUGAGGAUUUUACAAUAAAGGAAAGUAUAUUUUUAACUUUUGACAAGCAUUUGCUCUAUGUUUACAUAAAACUUAACAUUAGGUAAGAUUUGUGUUCUAUAUUUGUUAUGAAAUCAUUAAUGUAGACAAGUAGUAAUCUGUAUAAGACUAUCUACAUUUUGCAUUCAAAAUAGAAUAAUGCACAAAAACCGGCCUUUUUUCAGUCCAUGUUUAUUAUAAAUCACAAAGUAUUAGUAAAAGUAAUGUAACUUAAAAUGUAACAGUUGCUUUAACUUUACCUAAAGUAAUUAAAUUUAUUAUUUUACAUCAA